CUCGGCCCGGCCGGGGCCCCAGCAUGGCCGAGCCACUGCUCAGGAAAACCUUCUCCCGCCUGCGGGGCCGGGAGAAACUUCCCCGGAAAAAGUCUGACGCAAAGGAGCGCGGCCACCCAGCCCAGCACCCGGAGCCCAGUUCUCCAGAGCCAGAGCCCCAGGCCCUUGAAGCAUCUCAGGCUGGAGCAGAGGGGCCCCCCAGCCCUGAGGCAUCUCGAAGUCCUUCACGGGGGGCCUAUCUGCAGAGUCUGGAGCCCAGCAGUCGCAGAUGGGUGCUGGGCGGGGCCAAGCCACCUGAGGAAGCCUGUUUGGGGCCUGGGGCACCUGGAAGUGGGGAGCCUGCAGGCGAGAUCUGGUACAACCCCAUCCCUGAGGAGGACCCCAGACCCCUGGUACCUGAGACCCCAGGGCCACAGCCAGGCUUGGCUGAACCAGAGGACAUUUCCCCACCAGGUGUGGCCCCUGCCAACUCCCCAACCAAAGCCUCUCGAACCAAGUCCCCAGGCGCUGCCAGACGCCUCUCCAUGAAAAUGAAGAAGCUGCCAGAGCUACGGCGCCGCCUCAGCCUGCGGGGCACCAGGGCUGGCAGAGAGCGAGAACGGGCCGCCCCCACUGGCUCCGUCAUUAGCCGUUACCACCUGGACAGCAGCGUAGGGACCCCUGGGCGGGAGGCAGUGGUCGGGGGUGCUCGGGGCCUGCGGGCCGGGUACCUCAGUGAUGGUGACUCACCAGAGCGCCCAGCAGGGACCCUGUCACCCACUGCCUUCCAGCCCUAUGAGGUGGGCCCAUCAGCCCGGGCACCCCCUGCCGCACUCUGGGGCCGCCUCAGCCUCCACCUGUAUGGGCUGGGAGGGCUGCGGCCUGCGCCUGGGGCCACCCCUAGAGACCUUUGCUGCCUGCUACAGGUGGAUGGGGUGGCCAGGGCCCGAACUGGUCCUCUGCGUGGAGGGCCAGACUUUCUGCGUCUGGACCACACCUUCCACCUGGAACUUGAGGCUGCCCGGCUGCUGCGAGCCUUGGUGCUGGUGUGGGACCCUUGUGUGCGGAGGCACCGGCCCUGCGCCCAGGGCACUGUGCUGCUGCCCAUGGUUUUCCGAGGUUGUCAGGCCCAGCAGCUGGCUGUGCGCUUGGAGCCCCAGGGGCUGCUAUAUGCCAAGCUGACCCUGUCAGAGCAGCAGGAAGCACCUGAAACAGCUGAGCCUCGUGUCUUUGGGCUGCCCCUGCGGCUGCUGGUGGAGCGGGAGCAGCCCCCGGGCCAGGUGCCCCUCAUCAUUCAGAAGUGUGUUGGGCAGAUCGAGCGCCGAGGGCUGCGGGUAGUGGGGCUAUACCGUCUAUGUGGUUCAGCAGCUGUGAAGAAAGAGCUUCGGGAUGCCUUUGAGCGGGACAGUGCAGCUGUCUGCCUCUCUGAGGACCUGUACCCCGAUAUCAAUGUCAUCACUGGCAUCCUCAAGGAUUAUCUGCGGGAGUUGCCCACACCACUCAUCACCCAGCCCCUCUAUCAAGUGGUGCUGGAAGCCAUGGCUCAAGGGCCCCCAAGCAGGGCUCCUCCCAGCGCCGAGGGUACCCGUGGGCUCCUCAGCUGCCUGCCAGAUGUGGAGAGGGCCACGCUGACGCUUCUCCUAGACCACCUGCGCCUCGUCUCCUCCUUCCACGCCCACAAUCGCAUGACCGCUCAGAACCUGGCCGUGUGCUUCGGUCCCGUACUGCUGCCGGCGCGCCAGGACCCCAGCAAGCCCCGUAUCCGCAGCUCUGGGCCGGGCCUUGCCAACACUGUGGACUUCAAGCGCCACAUCGAAGUUCUCCACUACCUGCUGCAGUCUUGGCCAGAUCCUCGUAGGUCCCCAGAAGCUCCGGACCUCGCCCCGUACCUGCGGCCCAAACGACAACCGCCGCUGCAUUUGCCGCUGGCGGCUGCCGAAGUAGUGACUCGACCCCGUGGCCGGGGCGGUCCCGAGAGCCCCCCGAGCAACCGCUACGCCGGCGACUGGAGCGUUUGCGGGAGGGACUUUUUGCCCUGUGGGCGGGACUUCCUGUCCGGGCCGGACUACGACCACGUGACAGGCAGCGACAGCGAAGACGAGGAUGAGGAGGCAGGCGAGCCUGCGGGUGCCGCCGACUUCGAGGAUGACUUCGAGGCGCCCUUCAACCCGCACCUGAACCUCAAAGACUUUGACGCCCUCAUCCUGGACCUAGAAAGAGAACUUUCCAAGCAGAUCAACGUGUGCCUCUGAGCCAAGCGGGGCGGGACCCCAGUUACUAAGGGCCGGGCUCCUGGUUGCCAAGGCAGUGUCCUAAGUACAGAAGCGGACCAGACCUGUCUUUCAGGCCUAGCUCCUGAUUGCUGGGGAGUUGCCUAACCACCAGCCAG